GACAAAAGGCUUCUGAUUCAACCAACAUGGUGGUUUACUAGAGAACAUUAAACCGAAACAUUGAAGCGUUUAAGACAAAUCUUGUGUAUAUUACUCUUUGUGUUUUAAAAACAAUUAUGUUUACCUAUCUACUAGUUCAUUGAAACGUAGAUUGCUUGUUAAAUUAGCUAAUGUGGUACAUUUAUACUGCACUAGGCUAAUCGCCCGGAACAUGAGCUCACUAAACAAGACGGAGAAAGAAGCUCUGGUGAAAGGAGAGGAAGAAGCUUUCAGGAUGAAAAGGGAGGAAGAGGAGGCUAUCGCAUUGAAAGUAGAGGAAGAACCUUUUGGAGUAAAAGAGGAAGAGGAUGCUAUCUCAAUAAAAGAGGAGGAAGGCGUUUUGGGAGUGAAAAAGGAGGAGGAAAUUGAAGAUCCGAUUAAGACCAGAGAGAGACAUGACUAUGGUGGAUCCUCUGGGGAGCUUCAACAACAUCCUGAUGCUGACGAGACAGAGAAGAGUCUCUCCAGAUCAGAACACCAGAUGGACAACGCUAGCCCUUCCUCCCUCCCGGAGUCCCUGUGUCAUGCCUCUCCCAGUAGCACCUUACUGCUGGGUAUGAAGAGGUUGUCUGUGCUGCUGGUGGACUGCAGGAAAACAACAAGACUGAGUGGAACUGUGAGAGGAGGAGAAGAGAAGAAAGGAUCAGAUUUGACUCAUCAAAGAGAGAGACAUGACUAUUAUGGAUCCUCUGGGGAGCCUCAACAACAUCCUGAUGCUGACGAGACAGAGAAGAGUCUCUCCAGAUCAGAACACCAGAUGGACAACGCUAGCCCUUCCUCUCUCCCGGAGUCCCCGUGUCGUGCCUCUCCCGGUAACACCUUACUGCUGGGUAUGAAGAGGUUGUCUGUGCUGCUGGUGGACUGCAGGAAAACAACGGGGCUGAGUGGAACUGUGAGAGGAGGAGAAGAGAUGAAAGGAUCAGAUUUGACUCAUCAAAGAGAAAGACCAGACUCAGAGGAACCAGAGCCAAGGACGUCCAAACCAGCAAGACGACACCAGUGCUCCCAGUGUGAAAAGAGUUUUAAACAGAAAGUGCAACUGAAAACACAUAAGAGAAUACACACAGGGGAGAAGCCUUACCACUGCUCCCAGUGUGGAAAGGGUUUCAACCAGCCAGGGGUGCUGAAACAACAUGAGAUAAUACACACAGGAGAGAAGCCUUACCACUGCUCCCAGUGUGGAAUGUGUUUCGUCCGUUCGGGGUCGCUGAAACGACACGAGAGAAUACACACAGGAGAGAAGCCUUACCACUGCUCCCAAUGUGGUAAGUGUUUCGUCCGUUCAGAGGAGCUGAAACUACACGAGAGAAUACACACAGGAGAGAAGCCUUACCACUGCUCCCAGUGUGGAAAGCGUUUCGCCCGUAAGGGGGAGCUGAAACAACACGAGAGAAUACACACAGGAGAGAAGCCUUACCACUGCUCCCAAUGUGGAAAGUGUUUCGCCCGUUCGGGGGAGCUGAAACUACAUGAGAGAAUACACACAGGAGAGAAGCCUUACCACUGCUCCCAAUGUGGAAAGUGUUUCAACCAGUCGGGGGAGCUAAAACGACAUGAGAGAAUACACACAGGAGAAAAGCCUUACCACUGCUCCCAAUGUGGAAUGUGUUUCGGCCGUUCGGGGGCGCUGAAACAACAUGAGAGAAUACACAUAGGAGAGAAGCCUUACCACUGCUCCCAAUGUGGAAAGUGUUUUGUCCGUUCGGGGGAGCUGAAACUACAUGAGAGAAUACACACAGGAGAGAAGCCUUACCACUGCUCCCAAUGUGGAAAGUGUUUCAACCAGCCGGGGGAGCUGAAACGACAUGGGAGAAUACACACAGGAGAGAAGCCUUACCACUGCUCCCAAUGUGGAAGGUGUUUCAACCAGUCGGGCGCACUGAACCGACAUGAGAGAAUACACACAGGAGAGAAGCCUUACCACUGCUCCCAAUGUGGAAGGUGUUUCAACCAGUCGGGGGCGCUGAAACAACAUGAGAGAAUACAUACAGGAGAGAAGCCUUACCGCUGCUCCCAGUGUGGAAUGUGUUUCGUCGGUUUUGGGGAGCUGAAACAACACGAGAGAAUACACACAGGAGAGAAGUCUUCCCGCUGCUCCCAGUGUGGAAAGUGUUUCAACCAUUCAGGGAAGCUGAAACAGCAUGAGAGAACACAUACAGGAGAUAAGCCUUACCACUGCUCCCAAUGUGGAAAGUGUUUUGUCCGUUUGUGGGAGCUGAAACAGCAUGAGAGAACACAUACAGGAGAUAAGCCUUACCACUGCUCCCAAUGUGGAAAGUGUUUCGGCCGUUCGGGGGCGCUGAAACGACAUGAGAGAAUACACAAAGGAGAGAAGCCUUACCACUGCUCCCAAUGUGGAAAGUGUUUUAACCAGAGAGGACACCUGAAACGGCAUGAGAGAAUACACACUGGGCAGAAGCCUUACUACUCCUCCCAGGGUCUAACAUCCCUGACCAUGAGCUCAUUAAACUACUCAUCCCCUGCUAAAGAAGAGGAUGUCUGCUGUCCGGAGAAAGAAGCUCUGCCGCUGAACAUUGUCGUGAAAGACGAAGGGGAGGAGGAUAUUACAGUGAAAGGAGAGAAAGAUGCUCUGGCGCUGAACAUUGUCGUGAAAGACGAAGAGGAGGAGGAUAUUACAGUGAAAGGAGAGAAAGAACCUUUCAGAAUGAAAAAGGAGGAAGAAGAGGCUGUUAUAGGGAAAGAAGAGAAAGCAUCCUCUUCCUCUCUAAAAUGUUCUAUCUCAGUAAAGGUGAAGGAGGAAGAGGUUUUGGGAGUGAAAGAGGAGGAGACAGAAUAUCAGAUUAACACCAGAGAGAGACAUGACUAUCGUGGAUCCUCUGGGGAGCCUCAACAACAUCCUGAUGCUGACGAGGCAGAGAAGAGUCUCUCCAGAUCAGAACACCAGAUGGACAACGCUAGCCCUUCCACCCUCCCGGAGUACCCGUGUCGUGCCUCUCCCGGUAGCACCUUACUGCUGGGUAUGAAGAGGUUGUCUGUGCUGCUGGUGGACUGCAGGAAAACAACGGGGCUGAGUGGAACUGUGAGAGGAGGAGAAGAGAAGAAAGGAUCAGAUUCGACACAUCAAAGAGGAAAACCAAACUUGGAGGAACCAAAGACCUCCACAACAUCAAGACGACACCUCUGCUCCCAGAUCAAGUUAGGAAGCCUGAAAAGACCUGAGAGGACACACACAGGAGAGAAGCCAUACCAUUGCGGCCAGUGUGGAAAGAGUUUUAGCCUGUUAGGAAGCCUGAAAGCUCAUGAGCGAAUACACUCAGGAGAAAAGCCAUACCAUUGCGGCCAGUGUGGAAAUAGUUUUAGCCAGUUAGGAAACAUGAAAAGACAUGAGAGGAUACACACAGGGGAGAAGCCAUACCACUGCUCCCAUUGCGGAAAGAGUUUUAACCAUUUACCUAACAUGAAAAGACAUGAGAGGAUACACACAGGAGUGAAGCCUCACCGUUGCUCCCAGUGUGGAAAGAGUUUUAUGCAGUUUGGUAUCCUCAAAGAUCAUUUGCGAAUACAUACAGGGGAGAAGCCUUACUACUGCUCCCAUUGUGGAAAGAGUUUUAACCAUUUACUUAACAUGAAAAGACAUGAGAGGAUACACACAGGAGUGAAGCCUCACCAUUGCUCCCUGUGUGGAAAGAGUUUUAUGCAGUUAGGUAUCCUCAAGGAUCAUUUGCGAAUACACACAGGGGAGAAGCCUUUCCUUUGCGCUCAGUGUGGAAAGAGUUUUAGCCAGUCAGGAAACCUGAAAGUGCAUGAGCAAAUUCACACAGGGAAGAAAUCUUACCACUGAUCCCAGCGUGCAAUGCGUUUUUACCCAAUUCGGACACCUGAAAGGAGACAUGAGACCGCACACGGGGGAGAAGCGUUACAAAUGUUCAGACUGGGGGGAAGGCAUUUUACUCAUCAGUAGCGUAAAAAACGUGAGAAUCCACACAGGAGAGAAUGUUUACUUGUUUAUAUAGAAAUAUUUCUGGAUUUUUGUCUUCUCAUUUUGUCUGUCAUAGUUGUAGUGUACUUAUGAUUAACAUUACAGGCCUCUCUCAUCUUUUUAAGUGGGAGAACUUGCACAAUUGGUGGCUGACUAAAUACUUUUUUGCCCCACUAAGUGUAUCUUCCAACUUCAACUGUAUAUUAUUUGAAAUGCUAAUCACAAAUGCUCACUCAUUCAGGAAUAAUUGCAGUCAAUAUAUAUUUACGCCGUUGUGAUCUGUUGGAAUCUGGUCCGUCUGCUGGAGAGUUCAUCUGAGUCUCUUGUUUCCCUGAAGUCUUUCUUGGUUAGAAUGGAUACCUCAGAUUACCAUUCAGAAAUGUUCUCAUAGAAUAGAUGUUUCGGCGGUUGUCGUCAUUCGCAUCCCAGGUUUACAUCAUUUCUAGCUGCCCCCACAGACCCACCAAUGCUCUUACUCUGUUGGGAUUGAUAGUCUCAGAGUUGAACCAUUUCCAGCCGUGUAGCCAAUGCUCCACGUGGGAUGGUUUUCUAGUCUUGGUACUCAAAUGUGCCACCUCAGCUUACACCGAGGUAUGCGUUGUCUAAACUAUUCGCAAUCAGUCAGUUGCUCAGAGGGGCUUUUAUUGGAAACAAUAGGAUAGGUGGUUCCAUGACGCCAGAUCAUGUCUGUGCCCUCGGGGACGGACCAAUGACUUAGUUACACUUUUAAAGGAAUACAAUUCUGUGUUUCCUGUCCUCUCUGAGGUCACCAAAUGAAACACACAACAUAACUGUCCCUUAAGUGUCCACAGACCCUUCCCACACUCCCAAAGGUGUACAUAUAAUUUAAUUUUGCCAUUUUGGGGAGAUUAGGAGUUCGGCCAUGUGAAUUCCUUUGUUCACUCUGUGGUCUCUCUCUGUAUGAAAAGGGGGAGAGAGUCUCCGCCAGGUAUUUACGACCUGAGAACCUGGGUGUAGGAGAGGGGGAAGCCACAAUCUAUACCCAGAAAAGGCCACAUCGUGACAAUAUGGAGUAUUUCAGUUUGAAUAUAAUGUAAAUCAGUUUCCUUGUGUUCAAAUGUAGGAUAGAUCAGAUUCCAUGUGUUUAAAUGGUCCUUUUUUAAACUCUGACUGUGUGUUUAUCUGGGUGUGUCAUUCCUCCAGCACUACAGAUAAUCAAGUGAUAUUUGGAUGUGAUGCACUUGUUCCAUUGUUGACAUUUGCAUUGUUGGCCCACUGAUUAAUUAAUGAAAUGAAAAUGUUCAGACUCUGUAAUGGAAAAUGUUAAUUGUUUGUGUGUCCACAUAACUGAGUAUGUGACUAACCUUGUGAAACUGUCCUAUUAUAAUCUCCUGUUCUUGGGACUAUCAUCCUGUGUUGCAAACCAGCUGCACCUGUGUCCUUGUAUGAAUAAAGUCCCGCCCAGGAACAGGAAACUAUAAAGAUAUGUGCUAAUCACUCAAUGCUUCAGGAAUUCAGACUGUCUACACUGCGCUGUGUAACUCUGUUAUUCUCUCUGAGCUCAGAAAUAAAGAAUCUUGGUUUGACUUGGA